GCGGAUAUAGUGAAUGCGGGGUCCGGGGAGAGCAGAUAUAGUGAAUGCGGGGUCCGGGGGGAACGGAUAUAGUGAAUGCAGGGUCCAGGGAGACCAGAUAUAGUGAAUGUGGGGUCCUGGGAGAGCAGAUAUAGUGAAUGCGGGGUCCGGGGAGAGCGGAUAUAGUGAAUGCGGGGUCCAGGGAGAGCGGAUAUAGUGAAUGCAGGGGGCCGGGGAGAGCGGAUAUAGUGAAUGCGGGGUCCGGGGAGAGCGGAUAUAGUGAAUGCAGGGGUCCAGGGAGAGUGGAUAUAGUGAAUGCGGGGUCUGGGGAGAGCGGAUAUAGUGAAUGCGGGGUCCGGGAA